AUGGGGGAUUUGGAGAAGCAAGAGAGGGUGGAGGAGGAAGAGAAUGAAAGGUUGUUGGAUGGUAUGGCGGUUUUGGACUUUGACAUGCUUUGUUCAACUGUGGCUUUGCAAGCUGCUCAUGGGAAAUGGGGGAAGCUUGGAACAGAGGAAGAAGAAGAAGAAGAAGAAGAGGGUGUGGAGUUUGGUGGAGUGUUGAGAAUGUGGGAGGGUGAAAUUCUUGAUUGCUUUGAUGAUCGUCGUAUAGCUCUUGAAUCCACAUGUUGUCCUUGCUACCGAUUUGGGAAGAACAUGAAGAGAGCGGGUUUUGGGAGUUUCUACGUUCAGGCAGCGGUUUAUUUUUUUCUUGCAAUCGGUGCCUUUGUUAACUUGAUUGCCUUUGCUGUCACGAGACGUCACUGCUUUCUAUACCUGGCAGUUUCCUUCAUUGUUUCUGUUGGAGCAUAUUUGGGUUUCUUCCGGACACGUAUAAGGAAGAAAUUCAACAUCAAGGGUAGUGAUAGUUCCUUGGACGAUUGUGUUUACCAUUUUGCCUGUCCUUGCUGUACAUUAUGUCAGGAGUCUAGAACGUUGGAGAUGAACAAUGUUCAAGAUGGAACUUGGCAUGGUCGUGGUGACACAAUAUGCAUAGGCAUAGGUGGCUUUGGUGAAAAUAGUAAAGCUCUCUCUCAGUUUGGUCCACCUCCUAUUGUGUCCAUCAAUACUACUGAUGAAAAUUGAAUGGAAAAGAACACAAAUGUCUUGAAUUCAAGGUAGUGAGGAAGAUUUGAAACAAUGCUUCUUCGUCUUGAUUCAAUUACCAUGUUUCUUCUCACCACAUAUUUCAUCUCGAGUUCCCCUCGAAUUUCUUGAUCAAGAGAAGAAAUGUAGUGAGGAUUCCAUCAUUCGUGGAGAACAAUGGGCUUGCUUCUCAUUUGGAUGGAGAACAAUGUUCUGUUUCAAAUUAUCUGUGGAGGGAGAUGUUGAUUACUUAAUUUGGCUCAUGUACAUAAUUGUCGGUCAAAAUACCAACCCCGGUAAUAUAGUUUGAUUAGUGUACAAGAAUUCCAUCUUCAUGCAUGUUGUAUAUUUCAAUGAAAAUUCAGGAGUAUUUUACAUCA